AGUGAUAAAGCGCGCAUACUGAGUUUAGGAUGCCCAACGACUCAAUUCAGUGGGAGCAGAAACAGGGUGCUGGCAACGGUGUGUGCGCCACGACGCGAGCGCCGUCUACACAAGGCCAGCGCACCGGUUGUUGUAUCGCAGGUUGUAUCUUUUGGCGCGUAGCAGCGUGUCAUCAUCUAGCCGCUAGUGUGCUACGGGUGCCUGUAGCACAUGGGAGCAGGAGCAUGGCCGACGAACUAGUGUUUAUUACUGCUAAUUCACCUGUGAUAGUGCUUUCCGCUGUCAUCGGGGUCCUCAUUCUUCUGAUCAUUCUCGUGGGAGGCCAGAAGAAGGACGAUGUCAAGAAGGAACCUUCGGAAACGACCAAGGAAAAGGAAACGGUGCUUAACAAGGAAGUGCGAGCCGUGCCAAAGAAGAAGAAAGUGCAGGAGAAGAAGCGUGACUUGAAGACCCAGUACUUACAUCCGUGGCUCAUGACGACCUUAAAGGGACACAGCGGCUCCAUACUCGACCUGGACUUCAACGGCAACGGCAAAUACCUGGCGACCUCGGCUGAUGGUCGCUCGGCUCAGCGUGCCGUCCAGGGUCAGAACAACCACAGCUGUCACAAGUCCUCCUCCGUCGGAGGACGCACGACCACGACCGCGUCCCGGGGUCCACCGAGCCCGCUGGAGGGCGCCUGGCGGCUUCCCCUGUGCGCCGACGACUUGUACCACCAGCUGCUGCGCUACAGACUGACGCCUCAGGAACUGUACCGCUGCGGCUACCCGCGGCCUUGCCCCGACGAGCCCGGCCGCGCCGUGUGGCUGCAAGCGGACGCCGCGACGGCCGACUCGAGCCGCAAGACUUGCUGCCGCUGCGGCUCCUCCUUCGUCAUCACUCCGGGCGGCGAGUACUACGCAAACGACGUCUGCACCUUCCACACGGGUCGCCGGGGGCUCGCCGAGUUCUCGUGCUGCGGCGCGACGGGAGACGAACCGGGCUGCGAGCGCUCCGACUACCACGUGUGCGCCCAGGGAGCCCGCGGCGAGCGCGACGGUCCCGCGAGGGGCUUCGUGCGCACUCGUCCCCGACACGGCGUGGCCGGAGGCGUGUACGCGCUCGACUGCGAGAUGUGCUUCACCAUCCGCGGACUGGAGGUGGCCAAGGUGAGCGUGGUCGGCUCGAACGGCGCCACCGUGUACGACUCGUACGUGCGACCCGGUAGUCCCGUGCUCGACUACAACACAGCCUUCAGCGGCGUGACGGCCGAACACCUGCGCAACGUCCGCACCACGCUGCAGGACGUGCAGGCCGUGCUGCUGCGCCUGUUCACCGCCUCGACGGUGCUCGUCGGGCACGGCCUGGAGAACGACCUGCGCGGACUCAAGAUCCUGCACGACACAGUGGUCGACACGGCCGUCGUGUUCCCCCACCACCGGGGACUGCCGUUCCGUCGAUCGCUGCGCUCGCUCGUCGGCGCGUACCUCAACCGCGACGUCCAGGACGGGCCCCGAGGGCACGACAGCGUGGAGGACGCGCGCGCCUGCAUGGAGCUCAUGCUGUGGAAGGCCGGCCGGGACCAGAAGCUGCGCGAGCGACGGAGCCGCGGCGCCGGUGGGCGCCUCAUGCAGCCGUCGCUCUAGUUGUGGACAGUGUCGUUCGGUGCUUCGCGCGCGCGCGUGUGUGAGUGAGUUCAAAGGAAAAAGUGUGUGGUGUGGAGGACUCUUUAAAGUGAACGACGCUCGUGCGCGGGGCUCCCUCUAUUUCUCUAUCUCUCUCUCUCUCUCAACCAGACCUGCUAUCCUCUCUCUCUUUAUGAAGAAAGACAAGAAUUCGUGCUGCCCUCGGCGACACCAACCAACGCACACUGCCAUGAUGUGACACCUGCUCCCUAUAAGCGGAUCUAUCCUCUCGGCGGCUCGUUCUGCCUGCACGCGCCCGGCUGGUCUGUGUGUGUGUUGUUGCCCGUGAGAAAAAAAAAAGAAAAAAAAUUAAUGGACGUGCCGCUGUGCGAGGACUGGACCAUUGAGACGGAGCGGUGCCACCGAACCACGGUUGUGAAAAAAAUGUGUCACUCUCCGGACUUUUUUUUUAUUGUUGAUUUUUUUUUCUCAAGGACUUGUUGGGGGACUAUUGUGUCUCAGUGUUGGUGGACGCUUGUUUGGGAAGACGCCGUUGUACUUCUUGUUUUCCGCCCCGUUUUUUUUUUCCCUUAUUCGUACAAAGUAAAAAAAAAAAGUCUUAUAUGACUCAGGAAGGAAGGAGGGCGUCUUUCCAAAAUAGAAAAAAAAUCGUAUAGAGGAGGAGAAGACAGAAGCCGAGACGAGCCGACAAGACCGCGCAUCGACCAUCUUGUACAGUCUUUUAUUUAUUGUCACGUGCCCAUCGUCAUGCUGUCAUUUUACACGUGCGGCUGGGUCUCGUGCAGCUUGCGGAUCUUAAUUUAUUGAUAUGCCCAUUUUUUGUAUUUUUUUUUACUGCCAUUAAAAGGAAAAUAUUUUUUUCC